AAUAAGUGCGGGCAGGAGUGCGCUUGUGUUUGGAGCUAUUCAGACUGGCAGUCACAGCGCUGAAGCUGUUCUCGGAGUUGUCAGGUGGCUUGUACGCUUCUUUAAUGCUUCUUAGCGCGAUCUCAAACGGGAUUUUAUAACAACUGUGCCAGAUGAACACUAUAAUAGAGAAGAAGCAAACCGCGCUCAGGUGUACAGAGAGAUAAGGACUGUACCUCACUAUACCUGCAGGACCUAAACGCACGAAUAUACACAAGAACUCAGGCAUUUACUGGAUUCAUUCUUUGAGUUGAGCUCAAAGUUCCUUUUGGACAGUUUGGAGCAAGCAGUGGCCUCUGCAAUUGUGUCUUUCUGACUUCAACGGAUGCACCAUGCUGUUGGGCAGUCCUUGGUCAGUCCAGGUUCUCCUGGCUCUAUCUGUCCUGACGUUGGGUUUGGACAGCGAACCUCAGAACGCCCCUCGGGUCUUCUUGUCCUUCAAAGAUAUGAGGUCUACAGGUACAGCCCAUUACUUCUCUUUCCUGUUGAACACAUCAGACUAUCGCAUCUUGCGCAUGGAUGAGGAUCACGACCGCAUGUAUGUGGGCAGCAAAGACUACAUCCUUUCUCUGGACCUCCACGACAUAAACCGAGAGCCCCUCAUAAUACACUGGCCUGUUUCCCCGCAGAGGAAGACGGAGUGUGUUUUAAGUGGCAAAGACACAAAUGGCGAGUGCGGUAAUUUCAUCCGUCUGAUCGAGCCAUGGAACAGGACGCACUUGUACGUGUGCGGGACGGGCGCCUACAACCCUGUAUGCACUUAUGUCAACAGAGGACGCAAACCAAUGACUGCCAUGCAUCUCCAGAUGCCCCAGACCAGAGGAAGAACUAGUCGUGCAGCUGAACCUGAAACAGUGUUUGAUGAGACAGGACUACAGGAAUACGUGUUCCAUUUGGAGCCCGGCAAGGAGGAUUCUGGGAAGGGAAAGUGCCCAUAUGAUCCAAAACUGAACAGUGUCUCCGCUUUGAUUAAUGGAGAACUGUAUGCAGGGGUGUAUAUUGACUUCAUGGGAACAGACUCUGCUAUUUUCCGAACUUUGGGGAAAAACGCAAUCAUGCGUACUGACCAAUACAACUCGAGAUGGCUGAAUGACCCCUCAUUUGUCCAUGUGCACCUUAUCCCUGACAGCAAUGAGAAAAACGAUGACAAACUCUACUUUUUCUUCCGUGAGAAGUCUUCUGAGAUGGGCCAGAGCCCCAAAUCACAGUCACGCAUCGGCCGAAUCUGCCUGAACGAUGACGGUGGUCACUGCUGCUUGGUCAACAAGUGGAGCACCUUCCUGAAAGCCCGUCUCAUCUGCUCAGUCCCAGGAGCUGAUGGGAUUGAAACUCAUUUCGACGAGCUCAGGGAUGUGUACAUACAGCCCACGCAGGACACUAAAAAUCCAGUCAUCUAUGGGGUCUUUUCUGUGUCGGGUUCUGUAUUCAAAGGCUCAGCGGUCUGCGUCUACUCCAUGGCGGACAUUCGGAUGGUGUUCAAUGGACCUUUUGCCCACAAAGAAGGUCCCAAUUAUCAGUGGGUGGCCUACACUGGAAAAAUCCCCUACCCUCGUCCAGGAACAUGUCCUGGAGGGACUUUUACCCCCAACAUGAAGUCCACGAAAGACUACCCCGACGAGGUCAUCAACUUCAUGCGGAACCAUCCCACCAUGUACAACGCUGUGUAUCCGGUGCACAAGCGCCCCCUAGUUGUCAGGACCAACGUGGACUAUGAGUUCACCACCAUCACUGUGGACCAGGUGACUGCUGCCGACGGCAACUAUGAGGUGCUCUUCCUGGGUACAGACAGAGGUACAGUGCAGAAGGUUAUCGUCCUGCCCAGAGAUGACCUGCAGACAGAGGAACUAGUGCUGGAGGAAGUGGAGGUCUUUAAGGUCCCUACUCCCAUCACAACUAUGAAGAUUUCUUCAAAACGGCAACAACUGUAUGUGGCGUCUGCGGUGGGCGUGACUCAUCUGGCCUUGCACAGGUGUGACGUCUACGGCGAGGCCUGCGCAGACUGCUGUUUGGCCCGUGACCCUUAUUGCGCCUGGGACGGCAAGUCCUGCUCUAGAUACUCGGCCUCGCAGAAGAGACGUAGCCGGCGACAGGAUGUCAAAUACGGGAAUCCCAUACGGCAGUGCAGAGGAUACAAUUCCAACCCCAAUAAGAACACUCUAGAGACGGGGCAGUACGGGGUGGAGGGAAGCAGCACGUUUUUGGAAUGCCAGGCCAGAUCGCCUCACGCCGCCAUCAAAUGGCAUCUCCACCGAGACAACAGCGAUAGGAGGAGAGAGGUCCGCACCGAUGGGCGCGUAUUGAAGACAGAUCAAGGCUUACUUCUACGUUCCCUCCAGUCCUCAGACUCUGGCACCUACGUCUGCACAGCCACUGAGAAGAACUUCAAGCACACAUUGGUCAAACUGCAUCUGGUGGUCUUGACCAACCAGGCUGUCAACAACAUCCUUGUUGAAACGGGCCGCCCGGCGGUCUCUCCGCUCCAGUCCAGCGCCUGGACCCCCAGCGCCGGGCAAUACAAAGACCUUCUGACCAUCCUCAGUCAGCCCGAGAUGGGCCUCAUAAACCAGUACUGCCAGGACUAUUGGCAGUAUGGAGACCCCCUGACGGGGGUCAUCAAGGCCAAAGACCUCAAAGAGCUGAAGGAACAGAAGAAACCACGGAAUCGCAGACAUCACGGGGACGAAGAGGAGACAUGAGGGGGUUUUCCAACCCCUGUUCCUAUAGGAAAGACUUCUAAAAGAGGAAAACCUGGAAAAAAAGAAAAACAUGAAAUGAAACCGAACUUUGCAAGAAACAAAUGGAAUUCCCUUUUAACACGUAAAGAUGAUAUCAUACACAGUAUUUAUUGUAGGUUGUAUAUAGUACCAUUCUGUGGAUUUCUUUGUACUUAAAUAGAAAAAUGAAUGCUCUUUGUGUAUAAGUACCUAACGGGCAAAUAUUAUUGUAAUAUUAUUUUUAUUGUCACAACUUCAAAUGAAACAAAAGAAAUCUCCAGUUUCCAUCUUCCGGGCAUUGACGACUCAUAUAUAUUGACAUAAACUCAUAGACUAUGAACUAUGUUGAACUGAUGGGUAAGGAACGAGCGACUGGGGACAGAUCUGCCCCUUGGACUCUUCAACGGAAAGACAGACAAAGGCGGGGCAGGAGGAGGUGACAUCAUGCUCUUCACCACUAGUCCCACCCCUAAGUGCAUUCUGGUCCCUCAUUGGUUACAAUGAUACACCAGCUCAUAUUGUCUUCCUAAUGUCACUCUAUAUGCACAAAACAUCUGUUUUCAUUGCACAAAUGUUUAAGGUAAUCAAGUUUCAUGGCACAAUUUUUUUUUUUUUUUUGUGAAUGGACUCGAUCAAGUUUUGACUAAUGUAAAACAGCUGCUGAGGGCUCUUAGUAAGCUUUUAUUGUUUUUUUUUUUUGUUUUUUUUAUGCCACUUUUGAGAAGACUAAAAGCACAAACCAACUUGCACCACAAUGAUGUCAUGGGAAAGUAUGUCUAGGUCAUAUUUCACCCUUAAAUGUUUUCAUAAAAUAAAUUAAGCCAUUAAUUUAAAGUAUUAUUUUUCAAAUAAGCAUAGUUUCCCCCAUAUUUUACUUUAUUUAAUUUUACUGUAUUACAGUAAAAUUCAGUACAAUUCAUUUUUAUUUAAAUUGGCACAAAGAUAAAAUAAUGCUAAUUUUUUAUAAAUACUUUAAAAAAAAAAAUUCUCAUUUCAGCUAGAGUGAGAUUUUUUUUUUUUUUUUUUUUUUUUCCAUUAUGAUAAUUAGAUUUGAUUGGGGGAAAUGUGCUGAAAAUAAUGUCACAAUGCAAAACUGUUAAUGGUACUAAACUCAUUUUUAAUAAGCAAAAAUAAUUUUAUCUUUUUAAUUUUGGGGUGAAAUAUGAUCUGGACUGUUUUUGUGAGUAAGCCAAUUAUGGCACAUAAAUACUGGUGAAGACAACGAUGUUAUAAAAGACACAUCCUGAUAUAUGACAAAAGAUACAUUCAUUUUCAAAACGUGUUCACACUGUAUAGAGCAUUUUAUCACAGUUUUAAACUACUCGAGGUCUUGGGAAGCUGGCUUUUCAUUGUGUGCAUGAUUUAUGUAGUGGUAUAGUAAUUACGAAACUAAAGCUAGCUGCGUUACAGUUCUUUCUGUUGAUAUAUAUUUUUAUGGUAAGGUCAGUGUUGGGCAGAAGACUGAGGGUUUUCCUCUGAGCGGAGGGCAACUAUUCACUUUAAAACGAUGACGUACUGUUUCCUCUACAGUUGAUGGUAUUGUUACUUUCCCUGCAAAAAACACACGGCCCCAAAACCAGUAAGAAGCAGUGUCUUACAGUACAUUGAGAGAAAAUGGUUGUACAAUUUCUUGGUAUUUUUAAGAUGUGUCUUUAGAAAUGUUUGUGUUUUUAUUUUGUCAUCAGUUUGAGACUAAAUGCACAGGUGAUGUUACUGUGAUAAUUGUGUAAAUGAUUUUCUUUCCCCUCUUGCUGUUGCUAACUAAUAAAUUAAAGCUCUAUAUUUUAUAGUAA